CAGAAAGGGAGCCAGGUUCAUUUUAAAGUAUUCUUGUAUUGGUGUGUGUAUGUUCAUUAAUAUUCGUCAUGAUCUUUCUGUGUGGUAUCAUCAUCGUUGUUCUGGUGAUUUUGAACUAUUCAUGUGCAGUCGUGUAUAGCGACGCGCAAGAAGCAAAAUCGAUACUGCUGUCAGUGCUAGGAUCACUUAAAGACACUCGAAAUGAGGACGGUCGCUAUGGCAGUAAAACAGGGUGGGUCAAGUAUCGCGGGGAUCAAACCGGACGUAGAGACGGGGGAGGCGUUGUCGACGACGUCGGCGAUGACGCGGACCUCGACAAGGCGAUAAGCGUCCUUACAAAGGCUGUUGGUGACAUUGACCGUGGGAAGGCGUCAGUGCGUCUGAAUAACAAACCGGAAGUCACUAGCAGCUUGACGCAACUCACGAACAACCAAGAGAUGCCCGCGAACGUUGCUGCUAUCAUAGACUCGGCUUUAGGCAACUCGAAGGUUAAAUUUCCCGACAGCGUUGCAGACCUUAUCAAGUCGGCAUCCAGUACGACUGCUUCGUACACCAACCAAGACGAUCGGAGCGAUGUUGCGCGCGCCUACAAUUCAGCAACCGGCAAAACGAACCAAGAGUUUCCGGCGAAUUUCGCAGAUUUCUUUAAGUCAUUCCCGAGCUCUAACGUCAAUUCCUACAAUGACUUCAAAUCAUACACAGACGCCAAAGUCACGUCAAACACUGACGACGGAUCGAACAUUGACGUCGCAAAAAUAAUACAAGACGCAUUCACAAACGCUGGAUAUAGCAAACAUGGCAAAUGGCAACAGUUGUCGAACGGAAACUACUUCAAAGCAGAUACCCCGACGGUUCAAAACUAUAAUGACUUUAAAGUUUAUUCCAGCAUUUCAAACCCAGACGGAUCCAAUAUUGACGUCAAUAAUAUUCUUAAAAACGCGCUAGGAAACGCCGGAAACUCAGUAAAUGCACACAACUGGCAAACGUCGUUCAAGGCAGAUACGCCAUCGGUUCAAAAUUAUCGUGACAGCAAUGCAAACUCUGGCUCUGGCGGAUAUUCCUAUUAUAUUUAAAUUGUUUUGUAUUUUAUUUGGAUUCCCACUGAUUAAUUAAUUGCUAAUAAAUGUCAAGUAAACUUGAGCUUUACAUAUAACAUUUCGAACUGCCAAUAACUCCUAUUUACAGACGAAAAC